UGGCAAGGCCCGCCUCCUCCCGAGGAGAUGCAGGGCCUCGGGCCUGAGCAGGUACAGGGACUGCUACCUCCGGACGGCAGGGCCUGGGAGAAUCCAUGCCCACCCACCUUCCCCAAGGACUGGGAGGCUGUGGAUGUCGGGGCCUUGAGCUGCGACAGCGAUGAGAAAGAUGUGUCUUCUCAAGACACUGGGCUGUCUCUGGACUGGAGUUCAUUGGAUGAAGACGAUGAGUCAGAGGACUCCCAGGGCUUUAUGGAGUGGUCCAGAGCUCCACAGCAAACAACCAUUGUGUUGGUAGUAUGUGUGCUGUUCUUAUUUUUGGUUUUAACUGGGAUGCCCAUGAUGCUCCACAUUUAACUAUCACAGUAGCUGCUGUAUGGAAAUGUAAGCCCGGUGUCACUUAAGGAACUGUCCUAGCUGGAAACCAGGAAUGGGUAUGGAACAUUAUGAAGUAUCUUUCAAACAUCCGUUGAGAUGAGUUUAGUAUGAUCUUUAAUUUAUUUUACAGAUUUAUUUUUAAUUAUGUUUGUCUCUGUGUGUAUGUGCUUUGU